AUGAGACAGUGGUGGGACCGAUACAAAGUCAAGCGGGAGGAGCCAGAGGUGACUGACAAGAAGGUAUCCAAGAAGAGCAAAGCUGAAGCAAAGAAGAAAGGAGAAAAAGCAGAGAAGAAGAAGACUAAGGGAAAGGAGGAGGAAGAGAAGACGACUAAGAAGAAGACCAAGGAGAAGAAAGAAGCACGUGAAGAAGUGAAGGGGAAGAAAGUGAAGGAUGAUGGAGAAGUGAAGGAGAACAAGGCGCAGUCCAAAAAGCGACAGGUGGCAGAGAAUGCCAAGGAAAGCACAAAGCUCAGAAGUGAAGAGAAGAACAAGAAGUCUAAAACUGAGGAGGAAGAGAAGGACAAGAAGGCUAAAAGUGAGGAUGCAGAGACGAAGAAGAAGAAGGCCAAAAGUGAGGAGGAAGAGAAGAAGAAGGCUAAAAGUGAGGAGGAAGAGAAGAAGAAGGCUAAAAGUGAGGAAGAGAAGAAGAAGGCUAAAAGUGAGGAGGAACCGGUGGCUGUGCCCAGUCCGAAUGACAGUGAUGAUGAGGACAGUGAGGAUACAUCAAGCGAUGAUGUCAAGGAAUCGGCUAGCGAGGAUGAAGCUGAGGAGGACUCAGACAGUGCCAGUGGAGAUGAAGAGGAUGAGGACAGUGAGCCAGCAAAUAAAGGCAAGAAAGGCAUAUUGAAGACAGCAAAGGAAGAUGAGGAGAGUGAGUCUUCGGAAGAUGAAGCUGAAUCUUCGGAAGAUGAAGAUGAUGAUGGCACAGAGGCUGAGGAGCAAGAAGAAGAGGAGGAGGAGGAGGAAGAGUCGGAGUCUGAAGAGCCUCGUCCUAAAGAAAAGAAAAGACGCCGUGGAAGUGAUGGCAGCGACAGCGAAGAAGAGAAAACAAAGAAGAAGAAGAAGAAGAAGGAAAAGAAGCAAGAGAAGACAGAGAAGGUCAAGCGCAAGGAGCGCAAGGAAAAGGAGGAUGAUGAUGGCAAGGAAAGGGAGGAGAAGAAGAAGGAGCUGACCAAGAAUUCAACAAGCCAUCGCAAAGAAUGGCAGCAGUUCUCACGGUGGCUCAAGAAUUCGCGUCGGUGUCCUGCGAAGAUCAUCGCAGCUUGCAAGAGCUCGGAGACUCGCCGGCAGCUCUUUGCUGACUAUCUCGAAUCGGGUGACUUCGGGCAGGUCAGCGCUAAGUUCGAGCAUAAGCUGGAAGAGACUCAAAGGACCAAGCUCAGGUAUGGCUUUCGCAAUGAACAGUGGUUGAGGAAAAACCAUGGUGACACCAAAGCCGUCAAGAUCAUGAAGCCGAAACGGGAGAUGGGGUUGACAAUUCCUGACCCUGAGCUUCCGGGUGAGCCAGAUUGCUUGUUAUACUUUGUGAUGGUCGAGUUCAACAUCGAUGAUGUGAAGGAACUGCGUCGAAUAACCCAGAUUGAGAUGUCCGGCCAUCUGGAUGCUGAUGGCCUAAAGGCCUUUGUUGAAGCUGGUGGAUGCCUUGAUGGGAACCAGCACCUAUCGAUCUCUGAGCUGUCUGGCCCCGGAGGUAUGAAGAACGUGGCUGCCGCUAUGGGAUCCUUCGGUUCAGGUAAGAUUAAGAAAGGCAAAGGCGGUCCCAAGGAGGUCCCAAAGAAGGAGGAUGCUAAGAAGGCUAGAGCCUAUUUCAUGCAGGUGGAGAUUGAAGAGCCCCUCAACAAAGCUCAAUCCUUGCUGCAGCGUGUUCUCAAGGAUGCAAACAGCUGCAGGUUCGAACACUGCUAUCAAGACGAAGACCUGAUGCAUCAGGUGUCAAAGAUCGCUAGCCGGUGCCAUGUGAACACUAUGGAGGUAACAACCUUAAGCCGCUAUACAGGUUUGUUGGAAUUGUUUGUGCACAGCUCUCGAUGA